AUAGGUAAUUCAUGCACAGUAGUACGGAUACGGAGUACUAGACGGCCUGCCGCCUGACAUCACCAGUGGAUGUCCUCUAGUUAUUGUCACCCAGGCAACCGGCACGUGCCCAAAACAACAGGCAUCUUCUGCGUCCCCAGUCUGCUCUACAUUGCGUUGCUGCUGCAGAGUAAACAAUGCUCUGAUUUUGCUGAUUCGUUCACCGCUCAUCAUAGGUCCCGUAUGUGAAAAUCGACAGGAGUCCCUUCCCAAUUCUUCAACAUUGCAUUCCUAUCCGAGACGGCAACCGAAACCAGAUUUCUACACCACGAUGGAUGCGCAGUCACCGCCAAAGAGGAUGACACGCGCGCGGGCUUCGGCGAAGACAUCCGAGCCAGCCGCAAAGUCUAGCCGCGCCGCCACUGCUGCAACCAGAGCUAAGGCUGUCCGCAGCACAGCCGCAACCACCCGCACAUCAACAGCAACUAAGAGGAAGAGUCCCUGUGACGAAGAGGAGCAGGAUCACGAACUGGCGCCGGCAAGGAAAAUGCCUGCAACUGGCACAAAGGUCACGCGUGGUCGCGGUCGGCCAAAGAAAGAGAUUGUAGAAGAGCCGGCUCCCGCGCCCGAGCCAGAGCCUGCCCCGGCAGCAGCCAAUCGAACUCGAGGACGGCCUAAGAAGAGGACGGCGGAACCCGUUGUAGAUGAGCCUGUCAAGGCCAGCAGAACGGCGCGCACUAAGAAAACAGUCUCUGAAGAGACCGAAGCCGUCGUUGAGCCUGCCACAAAGAAGACCCGCGGCCGCCCAGCGCUGUCAACAAGCACGACAACAUCCGCCUCCAGAUCUCUGGCCAAGCCUGCCGUGAAGAAGACGGUCAAGUUUGAGGAGCCCGAAAAGGAGAAUGUUGCGCCUGCUACCAAGCCAGGAAACAAGGCAUCGGCCAAAACGUCAGCAGCCACACCCGCCACUGGUCUGCGCGGAAAGCCGGUUCGCAAGGCUGCCUCUGCUGCCUCUACGCGGACCGCUCGCAGCACCAGAGCGGCUGCAAGUACGGCCGCGCCAAGCGAGAAGGAGGAGAAGCCAAUGCCACUAAGUCCUAAGAAGAUCAACCAGCUGACCAUGAAUGCCCGCGUCGAGUCUGACGACGAGCUUGGUAUGGAGGAAAAGGCGCCGGUCAGGCGGCUGAAGAAGGCUCCCAUCAAGCAUGCCGUGGGUGACGCGAAGUCAUCGAAGGCGCCCUCCGCUGUUGCAGAUAAGGAGAACGAGGAGAGCGCGGCUACAGUUGGCAGACCUGAGAUGGCAGUCAACGUGAUGCUGGCCACUCCUGCCAAGCGCCUGCCAGCGUCGCCCUGGAAGGGUAGCAUUAAGUCGCCCGCGAAACGCGUGGACGGUUUACUCUUUGCAUCCAUUGCUGAGACUGAAGCCCAGAGCUCCGAGGUGUCCACCAAGAAAGGGCUUCUGGCCUCGCCUGCGAAGAGACAGCCGCUAAACCUGAAUCCUUCUGCAGCGGACAGCAUCACGGGGACAGGGUUUUCUCCGGUCAAAUUGUCAUUCUUGUCAUCUCCGGCGAAGCGGCCAAUCUCCCCAAUCAAGCCCUUACCUCGAACUGUCGAAGAGGAAGCGCCUCAACAGCAGACACCGGCACCGAAGCCUACUCUGCUCGCCAGCCCAUUGUCGCGCGAGGAGUCCUGUGGCGCCGUACAGGCGAAGGAGCCGGUGGACAUGGGCGGAGCGGACGCACACAAUGAUGGGGGUGCCAUUCCAGAUUCGCCGCGCCUCAGUUUUCCCGGUCGGCUCUCGGAUGUCCUCCCUCGGCACGCGGAUCCAACGUUGACUCCUACAACGAUGGCCGGAGCAGAUGAGACGAAUGAAGCUCAAGAUGCGCUGGCCGACUUGAAUGACGAGCACGAUGACCGUGAGAUUCUGGAAGAAGUCAUCGUACUGGGUGACCAGCCGGUGGAUGCUCCAGCAGUUGAGUCUGCCAGCACGACUCCUCCGCCGUCUCCGCCCAAGACUGCCAAUCCCAUGUUCGAGUUGCGUGAGAAGGACCUCACGUUUCACGACCAUGGUGCUGAGUCGGAGUCGGAUGACGAGUCGCCCGCGAGACCAGUCAAAUUUACCUCAGCUUUCAGUACCUUGCCGGCCACUCCGAACGCGGCCUCUGCGGGGACUCCGAACACAAUGCGAUCGACUCGUCGACGCACUUUGCAGAAACUGAAUUCGGAGAGCAAGUUUGGUUUCACGCCGCUCGCUGAGCAGCUCAGCGGCUGGACUGCCGGCCCAAGCCCUCUCAAAAACGCUCUGCAUGUCGCCUCACCUACCACCACGCCCACGGUGACGGCCGGUGAAGAACAGACUCCGAUUGUGAAACACCAGCCAGCUGCGACUCCAGAGCCACCGCAGAAUACAUUCUUCGAGGACCAGAUGCACGCGGCGAUAGAUGCUAUGGAGGUUGAAGAGGAAGCAAGCACGGACUUGGAGGACAAUGAUUCCCCCAUCCUAGAGGAUGUGCCGUUUACCGAGGAAGACCUAGCCCUCGCGGCUGAGGCACAGGAAAUGUCGCUGAUGGAGCGAGAACACGAGGAUUCUUGGACCCAGGGCCAGGAUGAUACUCUCUCCGAGCCCAGCCAAGAGUACGGCGAUGAGAACGCAAUGCCCGUCGAGCCCGCUCUUCCGGGCGGCCAUGUUGCUCGCGCUUCGGCAGUCCCGCCCGUCACCCCUCAGCGCGCUAUCCACCGCGAAUUCCACACCGUCGCCAAAGUCCCGGUCAAGCCCGCGGAUGAGUCCACUCCUCGACCUAGGAUCGAGACGCGCAGCUACAGCGCCUCGAAGCUCUCCGCGAAGAAACCGACCGAACAGCUGACUAGGAACGCCACGGUCAUCUCGUAUUCGCCGAGCAAGGGCGCCGAUGCCGACUCAGUCGAGGAACAGCCCGAGGAGCGCGCCGGGUCUGUUCCGCCCGAGACCCCGCAGAAGUCGGACAUCUGGUCCACGAUCGGCACCCCCGCGCGAACACCCCGGCGUGACCUCAACCCGGCAUUGCUCCGCGGUGCGGUAGUGUUCGUAGACGUUCAUACCAGCGAGGGUGCCGACGCCAGCGGCAUCUUUGUCGAGCUGCUGACUCAGAUGGGCGCACGCUGUGUCAAGACCUGGUCAUGGAACCCUAACCACUCGUCCGAGCAAGGCGGUGAUUUGAGGGUUGGGAUCACCCAUGUCGUCUACAAGGAUGGUGGGAAACGCACCCUCGAGAAGGUGCGCGAGAGCGGUGGGUUGGUGCAAUGUGUCGGAGUCAGCUGGGUUUUAGACUGCGAGCGAGAGAACCAGUGGCUGGACGAAGCUCCUUAUUACAUCGACACCGCAGUUGUGCCGCGUGGUGGCGCUCGCCGCCGCAAGAGCAUGGAGCCGCGCGCUAUUGCGAAUCUCAACGGCAUGCUCGUGCCGUCCCCGGUGGGCAACAGCUCCCGCGGUUGCAAGACUGCGCCCAGCACGCCCAACAACAGCCGCCGGGCGAGUGCUCUCUGGAUCCGCAGCCCAGAGAAGUCCAACGAGGAAGAUGCUGAGCACGACGCUCUUCACAAUGACGACAGCGAUGCGGAUGGGCUCGCCGAUCUCGACUGGCAAGCCCCCUUGACGCCUGUUCCCAAGACCCCGGCACCGGAGGCCAUCGCGCGCUACGUAGCCAACAUCAGCCCGGGCUCGGCGACGCCCUCGAGCGUGGCCAGCGACGACAGCGACGACCCGCUGACGCGCGAGGACGAUGCUCACCGCCGCGAGGAGACGCUCCUGCGCACCUGCCCGCCCAAGCGCACCGCCUUUGUGGAACUGGGCGAGGGCAUCCUAAGCAAGGAGAAGGAUGAGCGGGUCCUCAUGAGGCUGAUGGCCGCUCGCCGGAAGAGCUUGCAGUUUGCGCCUAAGGUGGGGAGCCCGUUGGCUAAGACGUGGAAGGCGCUCAAUUGAUUAAAACAGGCCGGGUCAAAUUCUGGCCUUUGAUGUACUCGAGUUAUUCAUUUGUAAUUGUUGUGUUGUGUUGGAGAGGUCUGUUUUCUUUUUUCUUUGUGGGGGAGGGAAGGAGUGUAUGGGUAAAAAGAUUCUUUAAGAUCCUGAAUGUUGGCUGCCCAGAAGCCAUGUUGAUCGCUCGUUUAUCAUAGACUGGAAAUGCUCACCCGCCUCCAUGGCGGAUGGCAUGGGUUGGGAGCAUGGGAGGGCGUCUGGUUUUGGCAGGUUAUUUGUGUUUAACAGCUUAUUAGAUAUGCAUUUAUGGAUGUUUGCCACCCU